AUGCAUGUGACAUAUUUGCCCAUGAGAUGGAAAUGUGGUGACAAUUACUGCUACAUUUUGACUGAUGACAGCAGUACCAAAUCUUGGUUGAUUGACCCAGCGUAUCCCAAUGAUAUAGAAGAUUAUCUAGUGAAGGAAAACAAAUCGGAGGUCACUGCCAUCGUCAAUACACAUCACCAUAACGAUCAUUCGGGAGGUAACAGGUAUUUACUUUCUUCCUUGUACAAGAAUAUUCCAAUCAUCGCUGGGAAGGACUCUCCUAACGUUUCCUACACCCCGUCAGAUGAAGAAGUGAUCCAAUUGGGAGACAAUAUUGAAAUCACUGCGGUUCACACACCAUGCCAUACGCAAGACUCUAUUUGCUACUAUGCUGUCGAUAAGAAAACUGGAGAAAAAUGUGUCUUUACCGGAGAUACUCUCUUCACGUCGGGGUGUGGGCGUUUUUUCGAAGGUGACGGCAAACAAAUGAAAAGCUCUUUGGAGAAGUUGAUGAGCUUACCAGAUGACACAGUUGUUUAUCCAGGUCAUGAGUACACUGCAGGCAAUGUGAAUUUCUCAUUGUCUGUAUUGGGUAAAAACAAUACCUCUUUGAACGAUUUGGCCAAAUUCUGCAAACAAAAUGAGGUCACCACGGGAAAAUUCACAAUUUCUGAUGAAAAGAAAUUCAACCCAUUUAUGAGGUUAUCUGAUCCUGAGGUGAUCCAAUCAACCGGCUUGAAUGAUCCCAUUGAAGUUAUGGAUAAGCUCAGAGCAAUGAAAAACAGUUUUUGA